AUGCUGAGAUAAAACUCAGGUUAUGAUGGCACCUUGUCCAGUUUCAUAAGGCUCAUUAACUCCUUUAGCAUUAAAUUCAAGAAGUCACUUGAGGAUAAACAAUACAGUAUAAGAAAAGAGUAGUAUGCAGAGUUACUUAAGAAACUUAUCUAUGAAAAGUAAAUGGCAAAGGUAAAAGAAAUCAGUAGCUUAUUGUUGAAAAAGCGAUAGCUUCUGACCCAUUUGCAAGAGAAGUUCACUCAAAAGAUAUUGUUGCUACAUGAAUACUUGAAGAUAAUUAGAAACUAAUCAUAGAUAUUUUAAUUAGAUCACCCUCGUAGAAUUGAACAGAGAUCAGCCUUUAGAAACUUUAUGUCGAGGUACUGCAUUAACUUAAACAAGUCAGAAUUUGUACAGUUUGAAUUGAUCUAGGACGAGGAAUUGAUUGAUUUUUAGGCUUCCAAUUAAUAGGAAAUCAAUUAUAUCAUAUAUAAGAAUAAACUUGUUGAUAAAAGAAAGGACUUCUUAGUUAAACUAGUAAAAUAAUCGAACUAAACUGACCGAAUGUAAAGAUAACUAUGA